GAACAUGCUCCUGCAUUGACAGAACUGAAAAAGAGGUUUUGUCUUUGUCGAUCUUACAUGAAAGAGAGGCUUCGUAAUGAACAAGCGACCGGUGCGGACCAUGAGCCAAAUGCCAUAUUGUUACUACGAGGGAUAUCUGGAGAAGAGGUCCUUUAAAGACAAGAAAUCUCGCAAGCUGUGGACGUGCCUGUGCGGCAGCACACUUUUCUUCUUCAACGACAAGAGGGACACUGAAUACCUUGAAAGGCUGGAUCUCAGUGGACUGACUGAAAUCACGGAUGACACCUCGGCGGAUUGUAACCUGGAUGCAGCGAGGCUGAAUCUCCAAAUCAAAGACGUCCACAUCGGAUUUUCUGCUCCGAAUGCAGAGGCUCGUGAGCUUUGGAAAGGCUUCAUUCAGUCCGUGUCUGAGCUGUCGGUGUCUUCCUCCCUCAACCUGCUGCCGGGACAAAUACUCAUGCUGGAAGAGGUCGUGAAAAAGGAGAAAGAGAGACAAAAAAACAUGCCGCAACGUUCUCCCACCCCGAAUGCUGACCCCAAUGUGGACAUGCCAGACUGCUUCCACCCGGUGUCCCGCACGGAGGCGGAGCUUCUUCUGGAGCGAGACGCCAGCAGAGGAAACCUGCUGCUCAGGCCCAGCAGUCACGGCAGCGCCUUCGCUAUUAGCACCCGAGAAGAAUUAAAUGGGCCUAUCUACAAACAUUAUCACGUGAGCCGGAAUCCUGACGACAGCUUCACCAUCAAUUUGGACAGGCCUGUCACCUGUGCGUCGCUACCCGACAUCGUCCGGUACUUCAUGGACACCACGGACGGCGCUCUGAACUCUCUAUCGCGGGAAGAAACCUACGAGCAGAAAAUAUCUUUUGUUGGCUUCGAUAAUGAAAAUGGAGAGAGGACAGUGCGGGACGCUGCUGUGGACGUCACCAUGCCCAAUUUGUCAACCAAACCAGCAAUGACAAAAGCGUCGAGUCAAGAAGAAGAAAAUACCUAUGUCAACGACAGUGAGCAGCGCAUUUUAACUGACAAAAGGUCGCCAGAGCCGGAAAUAAAAGCUCAGGUGAAGUCAAAGAAAGCUCCGAUUCCCGCACGCCGCAAAAACCCGCCCUCCUCCCAAAACUCGGUCACCGGGUCGACGCACAGCAAAGAGACGAAGAUGAGGAGCCACACGGAUCCUCUCGGCCAGACCAUAUCAGAGCUCAAGCAGAAGUUUGAGGACAAGAGGACGAGGUUUGCCGACUAACCUGAGAAGAGUCGGCCUCUGCAACAAAAUCACUGUGAAUCCCCCCCCGACAACACGUGUUGCCAUGACGACCCCAACUUAGGACCAUUUGCAAUACUUUACACGGGUACCACUGUUUAUAGUCUACAUAUGUGCAAUGUGUAAAAAAAAAAAAAAAAAAAAAGUAUUUUCAAGGUUGUUGUUUUAUUGUUCAUAAUGGACAAUGGCGGCCAGAUAAAUGUAAAUAGAGCAAACGUGUAAAUUCAAUGUACAGUGUAUAGUUUUCUACAGGAUAUAAAGAGAAUAAAAGUCAGAAAUGUAAUGAAGUGUGCUGGC